GCGGGACUAGAAGUCGACCUUAUUGGCUACGCAGGGUCGCAGGUGCAUCCCUCGGUGGCGGAGCAUCCGCGUAUUCACCUGCGCCUGCUGGGCAUGUCCUUCCCAAGUGGCCUCUCCCGCCCGCUCUACCUGCUGCUGCUGCCCAUCAAGCUCAUCGCCCAAGUGCUCUGCUUCCUCUGGGUGCUCUGCAUCGCCACGCCGCCUCCCGACUUCUACCUCCUCCAGAACCCACCCACCAUUCCCACCUUCACAGUGGUGCGUUUCGCAGGGCUCGUGCGGCGAGCCUCGUUUGUGAUCGACUGGCACAACUUCGGCUUCACCCUUUUCGGCCUCCGCUUCGGCCCUGCUCACCCCCUCGUGAAGAUCCACAAGUGGUACGAGACGACCAUAGCACGCCAGGCAGCGGCACACAUAUGUGUGACUCGAGCCAUGCAGCAGGAACUGGCGAACAACUGGGAUAUACGAGCCACUGUUCUGUACGACCGCCCGCCUUCCUUCUUCCGACCUAGUUCCUUGGAAGAGAUGAGAGAGGUGCGCAUGGGUCGAGAGAGGUACUGGGGCGCAUCGACCAAUCACUGCUCGACAGCUGUUUCUCCCCACCCGCACCAGGCGCGUGGCAGCGAUGGCGGGGGAGGGGGAGGGCGCUUUCACAACCAUUUAACUCUUUUCAACCCUUGCCGACCUCCCUCCCCUGCCUCCACUCACACCCACUACAGGACUGCGGAUGAGGACUUUGACGUGUUGUUAGAAGCUGCUCUCAUGUAUGACAGGCGUGUUGCAGCGAUGGCGGGGGAGGGGGAGUUUGGAGGAGAGGGAGGAGGCGAGGGGGAGCGGAGUGCUGCUGACGUCCCUCUUCUUGAUUCCAAAGGAACCGAUGGGAUACCAGAAUCAGGAGUGGCAGCAACAGCAGCAGGAGCAGGGGCAGCAGGAGCGGGAGGAGAUUUCUCUAGUGCAGGGUCAAGAAAAGAAGCGGAAGGAGAGGGUGAGCGGGGAGGGGGGGUGACGGCGGCAGGAGCAGCCGGAGUGGGAGCAAGUGGAGGGAGGUUGAAGUCAGGAGCCAAGUUUCCCAAUCUGGCGUUUAUUGUCACAGGCAAGGGAGCCCUUCGAUCGCACUACGAGGCCAAGAUGCGACGGCUGAGAUUGCGCCACGUGUCCUUCCGAACCGCGUGGCUUGCUCCGGAGGACUACCCGAGGCUGCUAGGCUCGGCGGACCUGGGCGUGUCUCUCCAUACCUCGUCAUCAGGCUUGGAUCUGCCUAUGAAAGUGGUGGACAUGUUUGGAUGCGGCCUUCCCGUCUGCGCCAUUUCCUAUUCCUGCUUGGAUCUGCGUAUGACAGUGGUGGACAUGUUUGGAUGUGGCCUUCCCGUGUGCGCCAUCUCCAUUCCUGCUCCAACCCUUUCCUCUCUCAGCAUUCACGAGCUAGUCAGGCCAGCACCCAACGGUCUCCUCUACUCACCCUCCCCCCACCAUCUUCUUCCCCCCACCCAUCCCCCCCCUGUUCCGCCCGCCCUCAGCAUCCACGAGCUAGUCAAGGACGGCUCCAAUGGUCUUCUCUUCUCAGACUCUUCAGAGCUCGCCUCGCAACUUAUUGACAUCUUCUGCGGCUUCCCAGAAGGUUCUGCCGCUCUCAAGGCCCACUCCCCUGCCACUGCCACCACCUAUUCCCCUGCAUUUGCUUCCUCUACCUCCUCGGCCCCCUUAUCCACACCUCCCACAUCACCCACAUCUCCGUCAUCUGCUCCUUCCUCCGUUACUCUGCUUCAGAAGCUAAGGUCUGGUGCCCUGGCGACAGGGGCUGCUGGUAAAUGGGCGGAUGAAUGGGGUGUGAAUGUGCUUCCGCUGGUGGAGAGAUUAAUCCGGGGGUGA